AAGAUAAUCCGAAAAGAAGAAAAUCUGCGUUGCCGAAUAGGAAAAGAGUUUGUAAAACUUCAACAUAUGUUAAAAAAGAAGAUAAGGAAGAUGGUGACAGAACAUCUCAGCAAAGCAUGGGUGUCAAAGGAAAAAGAAGAGGACGUAAAAGGAAGCCCAUGCAAUGCGUGUAUCAGCCCCGAGUUUUGAGGGUCUUCUUGAAAAAAAUCGACGGAGACCAUCUCUUGACAAACGCAGAAGCCCAACAAGAUCCGAAUUUAAUCAAAGUGUUAAACAUGGACCAAACCGUCCGAAUUAAACAGGAAAAACUCGAUGAAAUUCCUGCCGCACUCUUCAAUUACAAUGUUAAACACUUCGACAGGGAUAAGACGAAAGUGGUGCUCCGGAGAUGUCCCGAAACGGUCAUCGAUUUGACACUAAAAUCGCAUCACAUCGAAGAGAUUAUGCAGACCGAUUUCUGCGACAAGUACGAGUUUAUUCGAUACUCUCCGCUACCGGAAACCAUCGAAGAACCGAACAGAGAUGCGGAGGCAAAACCGGAGUUAAUCCGGAAACCCGCUUGCAUUUUGGAUGGCAUGAAAAAAGGGACGAAGUCAAUAAAUACGUUGCGGAGGAAAUACGCGCGAGAAAUCAGAGCGUUUACCUGGUCGCAAAAGUCGCAGAUCGAUGGGAAAAGUAACGAGGACGAGAUAGAAACAGAUAAACAGCAUCGCGACGUGCGGGAUCAAGUAAUUAAUAAAACUGUUCCUGUUCCAGGUUCUAGACGCUCAAAAAUGUCGGAGAACGGAGACGAAAUCUUGCAUUACAAAAAACGCAUAAUACAAAUGCACGAGAACCCGAUUAACAGGGACGAAAACUCAAAUCUGGACGGUGCGGAGGCGAGAGGUAAAAGGGAUGACGACGAAGAAACCGGCGGCGGAAAAAAUAAGAGGAAAGAGAGCGAUAGUGAAGAUUGGGAAUCUCAGAGACAGGACAAAAGCGGUGAGCAUCAACCUAAGCGGCGAAAAAACGCUAGGAAUCUUGCGUUCAGUCACGAGAAACUGGAACUGUACAAACUUGGGGAAAGUAGAAACUCGACUACCCUAUGUAAAACUAAAGAGGGUUAUCGUGCCUCUCAAGAAAAAAUUUUAAGAUCUACAAGCCAGACUGGACCAGAACCUCGUGUAACUACUCAGCAACUUACUGAUUCAAUAUUAUUGUCUUUAGGCGUGGAUAAAACGAAAGAUCAGGAAUCUGAAGAAACUAACAAUUUAACUGAAAAUCUCGUUAGAAGAUUAAGCCGCGAAAAUUCUAUUGACAACAGUAUACAAACUACUGUAAUAAGAAAAGAGUGUUCACUUAUAAACAGUGCGGAAAUCACUAAUAAAGUGGAACCAAUAAUAGCACCUAUAAACCAAACAAAUACUGAAAAAGUACUACAAGAAACCAACUCAAAUACGACUAUUAAACCACUUUCUCCGGAAACCAAAAGUCACUUGCCCCCAAGAAAACCGUCUUUCGGAAUGGAGGCAAUAUUGGAAGACGUGCGACAGACGUCUUUCCCUCUCAAACAUACCGCGACAAUCACACACAUUCCCAGCAACAAUCUCAAUGAGAUAGAAGAUAGAUUCAUCGAUCAUAACGAAAGACAAGGGUUGAAGGUGACGCGUGUGACGUACAGGCCUCCAUCGCCAAAAUUUUUCGGUCAACCUGAGGUCAAUUAUCCCCCCUCUGCCAGUCAGUGUUCCGCAAUGGAUUUGACGUUGCCUGUAAAAGAGCCGGUAUUAAAUAAAACAAAGAAAACCGAAAGACAGGACACCAGGGUUGUGGAAGAAAAGAUUCGCAAGGUGCAAGAGCUCGAAAGUGGAACACGCAUAAGAGUUAGCAAAUCGUUGUUGAAUCGGCCGGUACCAGUUACCCCUGUUUCAACUCAAUACCUACCGCCGAACCACAGAAACGUGGUAUCACCAAAACACCAACAACCGCUGUUAUGGUGUGGACAGAACGAGGUAGCGCAACGUAACAGAAUAUCCCCACGCGAAGCUAUGAUACCGCCUAACUCUUACGUGCUACCUAUGCAAAAUUAUCCUCCGGAGCCGUCCAGAUUUAGCUUUCACCCGGACGCGACGGGCAUAGGCGUUCCGUCGUGGCACGGCUUCCCAUCGCCAGAGAUCUCACCCAGUUACCUCCCCCAAAGAGAUCUAUUCCUGAACGUGCGUCCCGAAAGCGAACCGGCCGUGUUCUAUGGCCGGCCUGAGCAGACGGUCAAACGACAGCGAGGCCGACCGAAGGGGGCGGUCAAGAAAAAAAAGCCGGAGGUCCAGUCGGUGAUCAUGAGUCCGCCGCAAACGCCGAACGGCCUUAGACAUCCGGCGUUUUCGCCAUUCCAUUUGCCCGUACAACGUCCGCUCGAAAUCAACAACAACACCCACCCAGGUACAAUUAAUCAAUGUUUAACCAGUUCGAAUGAUUCGUUUUGCGAAAGCGACGAGAAAUCUAGCCCGAAUUCACAUUCUAGGACUGUACCAUCGAUAUCUGCCGCUCAUGUUAAUCGAAUGAAGACCAUGUUCUGCGGCUCGAAACACUUGGACGCGACCCUCGAACGCGUCAACGAACAAGUGUUCAUGUUCUUUUCGAAGCACUUCAACAACGCUUGCACCGAUUCGUUUUUGAAGCAGUUAAUUGCCAAGUGCAACUCGAUUUUUAAAUCCUUGAUAUUACAUCUCAUCAACAUGCAGUCGAACUCAAACAACACCUCCUUCGUCGGUACUUUAAACAUUUCCACCCUCAAGUCGGAUAUUAACACUAGCUUGUCGAAUGUCAAACGCAACUGCGAACUAGAUAUUAACUACUUAGCUAAAAACUUUCACAUAGAACUAUUGAACGUUAAAAAAAUGGAUGGACUGGAUCUUAUAUCGCACGAACCGUUCAUAACAGCGGUGGUGGAUCAUUUAGGUAAUCACAUACAGACUAAAUUCUCACAUGAAGUCGACUUCCUAUCAUUUAAAAUGUUCGAAAUUAUGGUGGUGAAGCCGCCGAAAAACACUCCACCACAUUCACCACAAAGCAACACCUCACCAAUUACAGUUCGAAGCACGGAUAGCUUGAAAAACCCAUCCCCCAUUUGUAUUUCCGAAAGGAGCAAUGACGGCAGCGAACUUGCCGAGACUCACAAACCUACCGACAGUGGUUACGAAGGAAGUGUUGGUAAGCCCCUAGACGAAGAAAAUAGUCAGAUCACCAUAAUCGAAGAUUCACAAGACACCUCGCACAAUUCAGUCGCGUCAGAUAAGUCAGGGCUCAAAGAAAGAAUGAUAGAGGAUAUAUCUGAGGAUGAAGUGGCAACAACACCACUGAAACCUCCAGAAACGUUCCCGUUCCUGCGUUCAGACUCAAGACUAUCAGUGGAGUCCAUAAGCAGCAGUAGCGACGCGGGGGCGGCGAGCAAACCGCAGAAGGUGGUGAAUGUGGAAAAGCCUUACAGUAAACGGAUACCAAAAGGUAAGCUUUGCUACAUCCGCGAACAACACUAUUUCAUCCGAUACUUCGACGAGGCACAGAUCCAUUUGUUCAUCGAGAAUUUGAAAAAAUCCGAUCAGAGUUACAAUGUGAAGGAUAUUUACAAGCAGUGUUACAAAAACGGAAUCAGGCCUGAACAUGUUGAGAACGUGCAGAAUCAAAUGUUUAAAACGGGGAAAGAAAUCAUUAAGGUACCGCCCGACUGUGAGUUCAGUGACAAGGACAUUCUGGCCAAACCAGACGAGUAUGUGACUGAAUACAAUAUGGUGCACAAGUACGUGCCCGAAGAUUUUUUUUGGUAUUAUAAAUUCGUGACUGGAUAUCAGAUUUAUAGGGGCAACAUUCCAAUUUCAUUUCAGACUUUUCUGACCAUGCACAACACCAACGGUUUAAAGGUGUUGUUCAACAAUUAUAUAAACAAUCUCGAACAGAAAUAUAGAGAAACGACGACGAAUAAUGUUAGUUCUUGAGAUUUUACGUUUUUGCGUUGAUGGAGGUUUAAGAAUUGAAUUGCACUGUUAGUUUUAAGUUUAUUGAAUCUAGUUAAGUACUUUGAAUUAGUGUCAUAUGUGUUUUGUCUAGUUGAAUACUACGAUUAAAACUUGUUCACGUGUAAAAUAUAAAUGUAUACGUAUUUUAGAAAAUGUAUUAUAAAACGUUUGUUUUUUACUUUUCUAAUAAAAAAUCUUUUCUGGUAAAUGGUUUUCUUGUAACCUUGUGUUGUGAAUUACAUGUUACCAGUCUCGAAUCAUUUGUCAGACUUGAAAUUUUGUUAGUUAUUUUGAGCCACGGUCAAACAAACAUAAUAUUAUUAUAAAUAAAUAUAGUGGUUCAAAAUGGCAUUAAAAUUAUUGAACAUCCUACAGAAAUAUUUUUAUGAUGAAUAAAACAUAUAUUAUAUAAUAUAUAUUAUUUUUGUUACAAGACUAAUUAAUUAUAAGAGUUGUAUUAUCUAGAUUCAAAAUGGCGCCAUCUCAAGAAUAUUCUGUGUUUUAUACUGUGACAAUAAUUAUGUUUUCCUUUAUAUAAUAAUUAUUUAUUACACGUAUUAGAUAAGAUUAAACAUGUUUUUAAUAAAACAAAUAAAUAAUUAAUCAGGCCAAUAUAUUAUCACAUUUAGAUAAGUCAGAUUUUGUCAAUAAUUUAUAUUCGAUAAACAAGGUAAAAUAAAUUUUUUAAAAUGUGUUCUUACUAAGUAAUUUUAGGAUUUAUACUAAAUUGUGAUUCAUAUUUGUAAGUCAUUUUUAAUUGCCUGAUUUGUUUUAAAUGGUCGAUCAGUUCAAAUAAAUUAAAAUUUAGUUUAUUUAAAUGUAUUUUGUACAUUUAUUUAAUUGUUGUUUCUGCAGUUUAUAUACUAUAAAAUGUUAAAAGUCAAAAAUAUGUAUUAAUGGGAGUUUCAGUCUGCAAAUAAAAUCUUA